AGCUAAUGUCACUGAUGAACAAAAGUGUGAUGUUAUUUUGUAGUGUUUGUGCUACUGGUAAAUAAAUCAGAAUAUGAGGACUCUGAUAAAGAUUCACCACUCAUGUCUACCUGUGACAAAUAGAAAGCAAGAGGUGGAGCUGAACAAACCUUUAUAGCUAAUCCUCCACAACCUGAGGCCAAACAUCAACCCUGGUCACACAGCAGAAUGAGAGGCCUUGUGUUCUUGUGCCUGAUUGGAUGUUCUCUUGCGAACGAUGCUGUAUACUCUUGGAAUGGCCCUGGAGAGCCGAGUCAGCCUGAUCCCGGCACUGACAAUGUAUGUCUCUCUGAUUCGGACACCUGUGGCUGUUGUCUGAUGCAAAAGCAGAUGAUGAGAAUGGAGAGUUUUUUCAACAUGAGCCUGAACGAGAUGCGCAAGGGUCUAGAGAAAGCUGAAACUGCUCUGAACUAUGUGCGCUCCAGCCGCAGUGCCUUUUCAGUGGCACUGACUGACACUCGUCGAUGCCUGACUUCCAGCCGAGAUGACACAGUGGUGAAGUACCAGUCUAUAUUCCUUAACUUAGGCGACGGCUACAAUGUUAGUACAGGCGCCUUUACGGUCCCACGCUCAGGGGUCUAUGCGCUGGCUCUUACAGUGUACAGUGAUGCAGGUGCCCCUGGUGCCCUCCUGGCUGCCUGUGUUCGUUUGCGUAAAAAUGGUCGCGUGAUUGCAGCACUCAGCGAGUACAACACCCAGGACCAGGAGGACAGCGCUACCACCAUCCUGGCAAUGCAGAUGCAGGCUGGGGACAAGAUGGAUGUGAUUCUCCCUCCCGGCUGCUACCUGUGUGAUGACAGCAGCCAUUUCAACACAUUCAGUGGCUUUUUGCUGUAUGCUACAGAUUAAUUUUUUUUUAUUCUCUCAUCCCAUGUCUGGGUUUAGACCUUUGCAUUGAUCCUCGUGAUCUUUCAAAAUCAAGGCCAUGUAUCUAUUGACUCCCAUAUCCAAUUGCUAGCCUGUUUGUUGGGUUUCCAGUUCAUAAUUGAGCUCCAGGUUCAACAUGACUGCCACAGGAUUACUGUAUACUGUGUAAAAUGGGCAUUCAAAAAACAGUUUCUUCUUCUUCUUUUUGUUAAUCCUUAACCCUUAAGUAAAUGUCUGUACAAGUUGUAUGACAAAAAGUGUUUUUA